AGACAGGACCUUUCUAGAGCAAAUCUAGGACAAGCCCGAGGUAGCUUCCUGUGAGUACAAGUCGAAGAUUUGAGACGACCAAAUGGUGAGAUGCAGGCACCGACCCGAGUCAGUCGAAGCUAGCCCAGGGUCCCGCGUUAUUCGAGCACCUGUUGUGGCCCUGAAACGCGGGGUCUUGUCAACAGCUGAGCUUACGGACCAACAACCAGGCGUCAACAUGACACCUUCACCCAUACUAUCACUCUCACAACCUACCACCGCCCAAACCCAUCCCGCAGAUCCUCCAAGAUGAGCAAAAAGCCCUUCGACCCUUCGACCCUACAAGCCUUCGGCAACGCCGCAGCAGGCCAUGACGGCGUCCUCUCCGACCUCUCAGGCGCUGUCGUAGUCAAACCAUGCACCGCCGCAGAAAUCGCCUUUUAUGAGUCCAUUUCCGCCUCACACCCAGAUCUCGCGCCGCACCUCCCCACCUUCAUGGGCCAGCUAUCACUGUCGUCUGACCAGUCCGGCUCCGCUCCUGUAGCUAUAGAAGAAUCUGGCACAAUCGUCACAGCCGAUGGCGUCGUCGAGCGGCUUCACGGCAAAAAGCUGGAUACAGAGCUGCACAUUGUGCUGGAAAAUAUCACGCACGGCUUCACGAAGCCGAACGUGCUGGAUCUCAAGCUGGGUGCGCAGCUGUGGGACGAAGGAGCCAAACCCGAGAAGCGCGCGCGGCUGGACAAAGUCAGCGCCGAGACGACGUCUGGGUCUCUCGGUUUUCGGAUCGCUGGCAUGCGCGUGUACAAGGGCGAGCCUGUGCCGGGGACGCCGGAGGGAUUGAAAGAGUUUGUGGAGGCAGAUUACGAGAAGGGGUACUGGGUGUACAACAAGAUGUACGGCCGCAAGUUCGCGGCGGAAGAUAUCAACGAGGGGUUUGAGAAUUAUAUCCAUGGGCAGGGGAAGCAGGGCAAGGAGCUCGAGAGGGCGCGCGAGGUACUCGCGUACUUCCUGGGCGAAGCCAAAGACAUCAUCAGAGCAUUCGAGAAGAAGGAGAGUAGGAUGUACUCGGCGAGCAUCCUGCUGGUGUAUGAGGGCGAUGUGGACGCGUAUGCGCGGGCCAAGGAGCGGUUGAGGAGUGCGCCGGCGGGAGAGGAGGGCGACGAGGAGGACGAUCUGCCGCAGUUGGCCGCGGUCAAGAUGAUUGACUUCGCGCACGCGACGUGGGCGCCCGGACAGGGACCAGACGAGAACGCACUUCGCGGGAUGCGGAGCACAACGUCCAUCCUCAAGGACCUGCUGGACAGCGUGGAGAAGGAGCUCGAUGCUGCAGAGGCAGCGUGAGCCUUGUAGCAGCUACGCUUGUUGAUUCAUUCGUUAUGUGGUCCUGUGUUUCAUAGACCGCUAGAUACCCUCUAGUCGCGCAAUAUAUAUAUCCUUCAUCCACCCCUCCACCCCUCCACUCCUCCCUCAUUUGUUCCCCUACCCAACCAAACUAGCCACAUCCUCGGGCCACCGCCCGCACACGACCGCCGUACUCGGCACCUGCCCCGGCUGCGGCGCCAACAGCUUCACCCGCUUCUUCCCCUCGUCCACCUCCGCCACAUACAAGUAACCCCGCACACUCGCAUCUCUGAUGCUUGCAUGGCCAUCCGUAGG